UGUACCCGCGUCACACAGUACACAACAAUAGAACCAACGCCAACAACAGCAGCGAUUAUGCUUCACGUUCAGUCUUGUUUGUUGCGAAAACGGAUAGCAUGGCGAAUGGGAUCUCUAUCGGUCAGUAUGACGCCCGAAAUCGCUGCUGAACUCUGUGUUGCCUGACAACCGUGGGCCAAGAUCAACCGCCCGGUGUGUCCUGGAGAGGAUACCAAGCCCGAAUGGCUACUAGGAAAGAAUCAACGUUGGAGGCGUUCAGCGAGCUAGCGGCAGUUCUGGGACGUGCGGAAACAGCAAAGAACAAGCAGGAAGUAUGGCGAAACUUUUUCGCUGCGUACGACCGCAGCAGACGGAACGUGGCGGGUGCGACGAUCUACCCAACCCUGCGGCUACUAGUACCUGGCAUGGACAACGAGCGGAAGGCGUACGGGUUACGCCACAAGCUGCUCACUGAUGGCUAUAUACGGGCGCUCGGUCUAAAUCCCCGGAGCGACGAGGUACGCCAACUGUCCGAAGCGAAGGGUGAUUUGGCGGUCCGAUUGGAGCGGUUGGUGCGGGGACGCUGCCCCGACCGCAGCUCACUGUCGAUAGCCGAUGCAAACCGGCUACUGGAUGAGCUGGGGCUGGCCGGAACGGGACAGCAGCGACGACGGGUCGAGCAGGUGCUGGCAGAGCUACUCGAGUGCGGCUCACCCGCCGAUCAUCGUUGGCUGGUGCGCAUCAUCCUGAAGGACCUGCGGUUGGGCAUCAGCCAACGGGCCAUCCUGCAGCUGUACCACCCACACGCACCACAGCUGUACGACGCGACCGGUGAUCUGCGCCAGCUGGUACUGGAAAUCGAAUCCGGCCGGGUACCGGUAACCGGUGGCCCACCGGUAACGGGCGGGUACAUCCGCCUGAUGCACCACGUCCGACCGAUGCUGUGCCAGCGGAUCGAUUUACGUGCGAUCGGUGCACUGCUGCAGCAGGGCACCUACUGGGCCGAAACCAAGAUGGAUGGCGAACGAUUUCAGCUGCACAAAAGCGGCCCAAACUACCGCUACCUGUCACGCAACGGCAUCGACUACAGCGAGCGGUUCGGGGCGACGGCGGACCAGCUCGAUGGUACGCUGACCCCGCUGGUGGCCGAACUGCUCGUCCCGGCCCUCGAAUCCGUCAUUCUGGACGGCGAAAUGAUGGUUUACGAUCGGCGCGAGCUCCGCUACCGGGACAAAUGCGAAAACACGGACGUCAAAGCCCUGCGAGUGGGGGCGAGCGAUCUGCGGCCGUGCUUUUGCGUGUACGACGUGCUGUACCAUAACGGGCGCCCGCUAACCGGUGUGCCGUACGCGGAACGGUUACGCCUGCUGGCGACGCUGCUGGUCCGCGAGCAGCCCGGCUUCAUCGUGUACUGCCGGCGGGAGCAGGUACGCGAUGCGCCCCACCUAGUGCAGCUGCUGAACACGGCCAUCGAUGCGGAGCAGGAAGGACUGGUACUGAAGCGGGAGGAUGCCAUCUACCACCCGAACCGGCGCCACGGGGGUGGCUGGUACAAGCUCAAACCGGACUACGUCGACGGGCUGGUAGUGGACUUUGAUCUGCUGAUCCUCGGUGGAUUCUACAACCGGCGGCGCACCUUUGUCAACACGUUUCUCGUCGGUGUGCGCGAUGAACGGCAGGAAGCAACGGAGGGUACCACCAGUAGCGGUAGCAGCACCCGCUAUCUGAGCCUGGCAAAGGUGUCGAUGGGUCUCCAAGUGGAGCAGUGGAACGAGCUGAAUCGCACCUUAGCCCCGCACUGGCAGGAGGUGCAAGCUGCGAACACCAACGGUGCCGAUCCUGGCAGCGCUCUAUGUCCCCGGUGGGGCCAAACGGUACCGGAUGUUUGGCUUGAACCGAAAGAGUCAAUUGUGUUGCAGUUGCGCGGCUCGGAGCUUGUCCGUAGCGAGACGUACGCCGCUGGCCACACGCUACGGUUCCCGCGCAUCAUCGCCGUACGCACCGACCGGCGGUACAAUGAUGUAUGCACCCUCGGCGAGCUAGAAGCGCUGAUCGCUGUUGGUUCCGUGGCCGGUGCCGAUCCACGAAGUGUAACAAAGCUUGCCAAACGUCACGUUACGCUCGAUGAUCUAACCGGUAGCACGGUGGCAAGGAACGGGCCGAUCAAACGGGUACGUGGAGCUGGCCGCCUAUCGACUACUCCCGCACCACCACACCAGCCAACCGAGCAGCUGGUACCGAUCGAUAACGCUUGCGGUGGUCGGGAGUUUUGCGUGAUGAGCACGCACGCCGGCCAGCCAACGGUGGCCGAGCUGGAACAGAUGAUCCGGCAGCAUGGUGGGCGCGUGGUAGCAAAUCCCGGAUCAACCACCUACGCCAUCGUGGCCGGUACGCGCACGUUCAAGGUGAACCGGUACUGUCAGGCCGGCCGGUGGGACGUGGUACGCGUGGAAUGGUUACUGCGAGCGAUGGGAGCUAGCAGGGUGCCACGGGCCCGCCUGGAACCGUUCCGACCGGCCGAUCUGCAUGCGGCCACCGAAGAAACGCACCUGUGGCUGGCGGAACACUACGAUCGCUUCGGUGAUUCCUACACACGCCCCGUCAGCCCUCGCACUUUCCGUGGGCUGCUGAAGCAACCGGAUGCUGCCCUUACUGAGCUGAGUGAACGAGAGAUCCAGCGUGCCGAAAGCCUGCUACUGCGGCUGCCUGCAUCGGUUUCUAGGCGGCGCCCAUUCCGUGGCUACUCCGCGCGUCUGUUCCUUGAGCAGCAGCAGCAGCAGCAGCAGCAGCAAGUGGAUGUGCCGUUGGCUCGCUACCGGGCCGAACGACUUAUGCUGCGCUUCGUUCGCCACGGUGGCCGUUGGCUACGCGACACCGAACCCGGUCCCGUCUCGUACGUCUUUGUGGUGCACGAAGAAGAAAUCGACGGCCAGCAGGACGGUUUGUCGCGCUGGCUGAAGACCGUUAGCGGAGGCAACGAGAUGCAGAGCGUGCCACCGCCAAUCAUACAUCCGAUCGAGUUCAUUGUCAAGUACCUUGCUGACGGACAGCCCCUCUUCCCUCCUCUCGAUCAUAAUCGACCCGCGAGCCUUUAACACAUGAAAAUAAACGCGGAUGGUUAAGAAAAAAUUGUUAGAUGUCAAAUUUAUUUUCCGCUAUCGUUCAUAAUCCGUGUGUCUGUUUCUGUAGCCCACAUGAUUUCCAUAGUUGGUUUUUUCCAGCAACGCAUGUAAGUGGAAGAGGGGCGGGGGGGGGGGGGGAUUCGGUUUACUUCAAAGGGCAACUUCACUCCCACUGCGAGAGCAAGAGAAAUCUCGGUUUUAUGCCACGCCAUUUGCCAUGCGGCUAUUUCAGCGUUAACACUAGGCCCAGGUUCGCCCACGGUAGACACAUGUGUGUCCAUCCCAUCUUGCCACGAGGUGAUCCGAUUGAUUUUUGUGUGACUGUGACUGUUGCACUGAUGCUACGCGCCACCAGUCAUUAUGUUCUUUUAUAGUAUUGUUUCGUUUGCAUAUGCACUGUGCAUAUAUCUAUUACAACCGUCAUUCAUCUUUCCCCCCUUUUUCUUUCCUAGCAUGGACUUAUUCUCAUUCUCAAAAUUCAAAUUGGAUACUUCAUUCAUUAUCGUAUUGCGCCCCGUCCGCCUGCUUAAGAUUCAUUUGUUGGGUUUUCUCGUUUCGCUCUUUUCUUGUUUCUGCUGCAACUGGUGUGUGAGUGAGUGGCUGUUGCUAAUUCUCUCCGCGGCUAGGCUACAGCCUACCUGCACGCUAUCCUUAACUUCUAUCGCUUCUUCCCCUUUAUCAUCUUUGUCAACACCUUGCUGCGUUUACCGCCCCAAACGCCCCAAAGGGCGCCCCUCAGCAUUAUGCACACGAUGUCGUCGGUAGACAGUAAAGAAAUAAGAAAAACACAAUGCAAAAAAAAAUGGCAUUCUCCCAGCAUUUUCGGGAAAUCGCUUUAAAUGAACGUAAUGUAAAAUAGAAAACAGGUAAACCCCUACUCUUACUAGUGUUACUGACCAUGUUUUACCUGUGGUGUGUGUUAAGGUAUUGUAUUGUACACAGAUUAGGCGCGUAUGUGUCGAGCAAAAGGUAGAAUAGUGUGUUUACUGUCGUUGAGACAAUAAUUUAAAAAAAAAAACAACCCCUUCAGCAUAGCGCUCGCUGACUUAAGGUAGGUAUAACCGAUUUCGGUAUACCCUCCCUCCAGCAGCCUCCAAUAAACGCAGCUGACAAACGCGAAAACAGCGAAAUCCGUGUGGUGAAUCGAAAGAUGCGCGGCGUGUUCCUGCUACACAAGCAAGAUGUAUCGCGCAAAUGGCGGCUGCACCGCCAACCCCCGACGUAGCAGCACUAAGUGAGCGGCAGCGAAAGAAAUUAAACAAAAGUUAAGCAAGAAAAAAAAAAGAAAGCGUCGGGAAACGAGAAGGAGGCGGGGGGGGGGGGGAGGUAAC